AUGCAACCACAAAACCUAGUCCGGUGCCGUCCAAUUCGAUCUCUCAUACUGGCCUUUGCCGCAUGGAAAGUUCUUCUCCUUCUUAUCGCGCUUUGCAGCCCAGGCCCGGGAUAUGACACGUCCACAACUCUUGCUCUGAGAGGAGAUCCCCAAUUACCGGGUCCUCUCACUUAUGUAAUCGGCAAACUCACGAGAUGGGAUGCCAUAUACUUUGUGAAAGUGGCGACUCGCGGAUAUCGUUAUGAGCAGGAAUGGGCUUGGGGGUGGGGCUUUACUCGUCUGAUAACUUUGGGCACUGCUGUGAUUGGAAAGCUUGGAGUUCCUCAUUAUGACGGACUUGAAGCCAUUGUGGCAAUAAUUAUUGCCCAUUCUGCUCAUCUAUUGUCGGUACUUGUGCUAUACCAUCUCACUCUGGCGAUUUUCGCCGGAGCUGCAGGAACGGCUCUUACUGCCGCUGCUUUGCAUAUUAUCUCUCCUGCGGGUCUCUUCCUGUCAGCUCCCUAUGCUGAGAGCUCAUGCGCGCUCCUGACUUUCUCAGGAUGCCUACUUUUCACAAAAGGUUUUGGCCCAAAUUCUCUUGGCCGGGAUCUAUUGGUUCUUGCAUCAGGGGUGCUAUUCGGCGUUGCCACGGCCUUUCGAAGUAAUGGAUUGCUCAGCGGAAUUCUUUUGCUGGAAGAGGCAUUCCGGACACUGUAUUUUCUGAGACACGGCUUCCAUCUAAGCACCCUUCGCCGUCUGUUUGCAACAGGACUGGGUGGGGUAGCUGUGGCAGUUGGGUUUCUGCUUCCACAGUAUAUUGCAUACUCCGAGUACUGCAGACAGUCAAGCAGCAGUGCACCGAGACCGUGGUGUGAUAGAACACUACCGAGCAUCUAUGCCUUUGUUCAGGUUCAUUAUUGGAACAAUGGGCUAUUCAAUUACUGGACGUUGUCAAAUGCACCGCUAUUCAUCCUUGGAGCGCCAAUGUUCAUCAUCAUGACUGUAUCUGGGCUCUGGGCCAUUCGAGACAGCCCUUUCAGUCAACCAAAGAAUGUCGCCAAAACUGUCGAUCUAACAGAGCCUCAGAGAUAUCAAGUCCUCCGCAACCUAGCGGCCACUCAACUAUUAUUGGCUGGAUAUACAUUGACAACUGCUCACGCCCAAAUCAUCACCCGAAUAUCCUCAGCUUCUCCAGUCUGGGUGUGGUUCCUUGCAGUGGCCUACGCAAAGGGCGAGUCAACUGCCAGGCACUUUGUGAGCUUCAUGGUCAUCUAUGCGGUGGUGCAAGGUGGUCUCUUCGCUUCAUUCCUGCCUCCAGCUUAA